AUGACUGAGAUCAUGGUGCCACUCCGCUACAAAGAAUUUAUCAAUGAUCUUACUUCUCUGGUAAAGAAUAAAUACAUUCCAAUGACCCGAAUUGACGAUGCAGUGAAAAGGAUUUUACGGGUGAAGUUUGUUAUGGGUCUUUUUGAGAACCCAUUGGCAGAUCUUAGCAUGGCCAAGUACAUAGGAAGUCAGGAGCACAGAGAACUGGCAAGAGAAGCAGUGAGAAAAUCUCUUGUGCUGCUAAAAAAUGGUGAGUCUGCAGAUGAGCCAUUGCUCCCCCUUCCCAAGAAGGCCUCAAAAAUACUUGUUGCAGGAAGCCAUUCGAAUGAUAUUGGCUAUCAGUGUGGUGGAUGGACAAUUGAGUGGCAGGGACAUAGUGGCAACAUCACAGUCGGUACCACAAUCCUCGAUGCCAUAAGGAACACAGUUGACCCGAAAACGAAAAUUGUGCUCAAGCACAACCCUGAUGCUGAAUAUGUCAAAUCCAAGAACUUCUCCUACGCCAUUGUUGUAGUGGGAGAGCCCCCAUAUACAGAAACAUUCGGAGACAGCUUGAAUUUGACGAUUCCCGAACCUGGCCCGAGCACCAUUACAAACGUCUGUGGUGCCGUCAAAUGUGUUGUUGUCCUGAUCACGGGCCGGCCCGUCGUGAUUCAACCUUAUGUUGAUACAAUUGAUGCCCUGGUGGCUGCUUGGCUUCCGGGAACUGAAGGGCAAGGUGUUGCUGAUGUUUUGUUUGGGGACUAUGGUUUUACUGGCAAGCUUCCUCGGACGUGGUUCAAGACUGUUGAUCAGCUUCCAAUGAAUGUUGGGGACAGACACUAUGACCCUCUGUAUCCAUUUGGAUUUGGACUCACCACCACACCUAACAAGGCCAAAUAGAAUUACUAGGUAGUGGAGUUUUAGAUUUUGUGAACAAUUACAUUGUUUCACAUUUGUUUGUAUAUAAUGAUACACAUUCACUAGGAUUUUGAUCGGUGAUA